AGGAAUGCCGCUGACACAGUCCAGAGCCAUCCUUAGCUACCUUGCUGUCAAGUACAACUUGUAUGGGAAGGACCUGAAGGAGAGACUCAGGAUUGACAUGUAUACUGAGGGCACCCUGGACCUGAUGCUAAUGAUCGCCCAGGCUCCAUUUAAACCCCCUAAGGAAAAGGAGGAGAGCUAUGCUUUAAUAGUGGUGAGAGCUAAGACCUGUUACUUUCCUGUCUUUGAAAAGAUUUUAAAAGACCAUGGGGAGGCUUUUCUUGUUGGCAACCAGCUCAGCUGGGCAGACAUACAGCUGUUAGAAGCCAUUUUGAUGGUGGAGGAACUCAGCGCCCCUGUGCACUUCCCUCUGCUGCAGGCAUUUAAGGCAAGAAUCAGCAUCAUUCCUACAAUUAAGAAGUUCCUUCAGCCUGGGAGUCAGAGGAAGCCACCCCCAGACAGCCACUAUGUUGAGGUGGUCAGGAAUGUCCUGAAGUUCUAGUGGCCUCAGGUCUUAAGAUGGAUACAUCAAGUAUCCAAUUACAGUGUCACCAUAGGCCAGCUACAGAACAUUCCAGAAACAAGGUAUAGAUAGAUCCCAGGAGUUUUUGAAAAACAAAACCACU